AUGCCCCAUUGCAUUCAGCACUUGAAUCGCCGAACCUCAAGGUUGCCAGACUUUCUCGUGGGACAAGUUCAAAUAGAGGAUCGUGGGCGUUUGGAGCUCGACUCAUCAUUGUCGCCUAUAAAUUCGGCUUGCAAGUGGAUCCGCGUCCUGCCUCUCAGACCCUCCUCUGACCUCAUCAUGCCUCGUUAUCAACCAAUACCACGACCAGAACCCUCCCAGUUGAACAAACUCUCAACCGGUUCAAGGCCCAAGCGAUCAUACCCCAGCAUACCUUCUCCACUACUCAAGCCUACAACACCAAUCCAUUCCCACCAUCGACACUCUCCUUUCGAUUCGCUCCCUAUUGAACUGCAAGUCGAGAUCUUUAGUCAUUGUCUACCCCCCUUCCCCCAUUUCGAUGUCAACGAGGCGCCUCUCCUCAUCGCUCGGGUUUGCGGCGCGUGGAGAUCACUCGUGUUAUCGACUCCAAAGCUCUGGUCCUCAUUCGAGAUAGAGGUCACGGGGUCUGGCACGUCCAUCUCCUUACGCGAUUUUCACGUCCUGAGCACAAUGAAGCUAUGGUUGGCCAGGUCGAAGAGCUAUCCUCUUACAGUGAGAGUGAUUCAAGUGCCUGUAACUCGCAUAGCCGAUCCGCGCUCAGCGCAGCUGCUGGCUGUCCUCAUCCCGGAGGCACGUCGGUGGAGGCACGUCGAAUUCGUUAUUCCUGCCGCCAAUGUGAUACCCCUUCGAAGCCUCCUGCCCUCCGAGUUUCCGAUAUUACAGUCAUUGACUCUUCAGAUGAAGGGUUUAUGGAACUCCGAGCCGACUUGGGACCUUUUGGCCCAGAGCCUGCCAUGGAACCAACUCACCUCCAUCGAUUUGCAAGUCGAGAACAACCACUUGCCGACCCUCGACCAAUGUCUCGACAUUUUAUCCCAAGCGGAGAACCUGAAGAAUUGCACGAUGAACAUUUCCUGCACAAUGAACCGAGAAAGGGUUCGUUGGGAGAGCGUCUCCCUCCCCUCUCUCGAAACGCUACACCUCGUCCUUCAAGGUAGUAACCCCGGUACCCCAUUGCCAGCCAACGUCAAUGCGGCUGCCUCUCUGGUUGAAUUCCUCGACCUAUUGUCGGCACCCAACCUACAGACUCUCGGAUUGGCCUGGCUCUUGCCGUCAAGCGGGCAGCAGACGUGGUCAAGUUCCCAACCGGAGUUCCUUUCGUUCCUUCGGAGGACUUCAAAGACGCUCCGCGUGUUCAGCCUCGCAUACGUCCCAUUGUCCGACAUGGAACUGAUGGAAUGCUUGAAGGUGGUGCCACAGGUCCGCGAACUGGACUUGCGGUUCUCUUUGAGCGACCAAGAACACGAUCCUAUCACUGACACCCUUUUCCGGGCGUGCACACACGUAGCGUCAGAACCCUCAUCGUCAUCGUCGUCAUCGGAGGGACGGAAGAGGUUGUACCAGUCCCAGCGUCAUACUUCUGAGGAGACACUUCUUCCUCAACUGAACCGCGCAAAUAUCCAAUGCAGCGGAGAACGUUACACGAACCCCGCGCUCCUCGCCAUGAUACAGUCAAGAUGGAGAAGAUUCGGACCAUCUGUGGCAAGAACGGGUGUCAUGAGCCUCACCCACUUCCAUAUGCUUUCCAUGAAGCCCGCUGUAGCCGAGAUAUCAAAACGCGUGAAGGCGUGGUCAACCGAGGGGCUGGAUGUGUCCAUAGACAGCUUGGUCAUUCGGUAG